AUGCUGGACCAAAUUAAGAGUGGCACCAAUUUAAGUAAUGUCGUCACCACCCCAAUCAAGUCUUCCUCCAAGUUGCCCUCUCACUAGAACUUCCAAAGAGAUGUCAUCAUCCACAGGACUUCUAAUAGCGUGAUAGUCAAUGACCCUUAUGAUUUUCUUAAGCGAAAAGAAGAGCGAGAAAAGAACAUUAGUAAUAAAGGGUGGAAUGCGCCAACUGACAGACCGUAUUAGCAGUUUGGUGACUUUGCAAAUGUUCUUUAAGCUAUUGAGGGCAUUAAAAUGAAUCUCCCGCAUACCAAGGGAUCUCUAGAUUAAUAGACUCAUAAGAACAUUAAAAUUAUGAAAAGAAUAAAUGAGGUUCAUGGCAAUUACAGUAACAGUAGUUCCAAUUUUGCUUAGUAGCUCAUUGAACCUGGUCGAACUGUCAAGAUUCUUAAUCAAUAUCAAGGAUAACUGAGAAAAUUCAGAGCAUCUAGCUAGAUCGGUGUAAUCUAGAGUGGGUUAAACAACAGUACAAAUAACAUCUAAACUACUGGACAGGGGACAUUUAACAAGAAGAGGUAUUCUAAUGGAGACAAUCAUGACAAGAAGUUCAAUGUGGGCUAGAAUGAUGAAAAUGAGGAGGAAGAAGAUCAAUAGCAAUAGUAAAACUACACAAGAUUGAAAAAUACCAGACUGCACACUAAUAGCUUGAAGAGAUUGAUAUCGAAUAGUCAAGAUGGGGGCUAGAUCCUUAAGUCUGAGAUAGCUGAUUCAUAUCAAAGAGUCAAAGCUGUCAAGCAUGGUAUGCUUAUCAAGAAAGACUCCGAAGAGAUAGAUAAGUUUAAGCUUUUGCCCAUUUAAAAGGAUGCACAAUCUAGCACAUUUAUCACAGGAUUACAGGAAAAGCCUUCAAUAGAUUUAAAGCCGUAAUCUCAAAUCAGAUCGAGCAAGCAAAGUACUGCAAGCAAAACUCAGCCAUCUUCACCAUCUAGAACUACUAAUAGGAAAUAGCUGAAGUUUAAUACAACAGCUAAUAAUAAUAACACAGAGGACUAUGGAGGUUAUAGCAUGGACUCAGGUAAUCAGCCAGAAUAAUUGAUAUUUAUUCCAAAUUUCCACAACAAGAAGGCUAAGAUCAUUAGAAUGUCUGACUUAGCUAAACUUAAAAACUAGGCUUACUCCACUCGCUAGAACAAUUCAGGGGAGGGUACAGUUACAAUUAAGGCUAGACCCAACGAAAACGGGCAUUCUUUCUAGGAUUUUAUAGGUUAAAGCCAAAACACCUAUCAGUCAGUGAAUAACAACUUGCUUAAAAAGAAUCAAGGGGCAGUCAACUAUCAUAAGAAACUGCAGGAUGAAUUUGAAAGAUAUGACUAGAUAUUCAGGGAGCACUAUUAAAUCACAAAUAAAGAAGUCUCUCUUCAAUAAUUGACAAGUAAUUAGCAGGAGACGCCUAGAGGUGGCCAAAUAAUAAAUUAAAUAAUCUAAAAUCAGUACAUCUAAAAAUAAAGUCAUGGACCGAGUCAUCAUCUGAGUUCAAACUUUGGCCUCAACAACUUAACUGUUAACACACCCAAGGAUGGUAGAUAUUCAAGAGAUGAAUCAUAGCAUAGUGAUGUUAAUUCUCCUUAAUAUAGAAAUAAGAGGAAGCCUAAGAAGUCAACACUGCUUGUUAAACAAAAUAAAUAGUCAGACGAAGUUCCUACACCAUUGCUUUUAAAUAAAAAUUCAAAAGUCAAUUAGUCUAAGAAAGUAGGUUAGAAUAAUCAGACCAGCACUAUCUCAAAUUAAGGGUCAACCAAUUAAUCUAGGAUCUAUCCUAGGUCUUUUGAAUAGCGACUGUCUAAGCAAGAAAGAGAAAAUAUCUUGAUCUCAUCAAUUACCAACUCCAUCAAAUGUUCUAAUGAGUAAGAGGAGAUGAAACUGUUAGACAUGCUGACUGAGGACUAGCUGUUCAAGGAAUGCAGCUAGCUUCUGAAAGAAUACUUCAACAUUAACUUUCUAAAUGAACUUAAGGAAAACAAAUUGCUAAUAUUUAGACUGUAUAAGCUGUAUUUACUGCAUUCUCUGUCGAUGAACAUUAAGCAAAUUGAUGACAACCAAAAUUAAGCCAAUAAUAUUAUGUACUUCAAGAGACAUCAAAGAAGCAAUCAAAAUGGGCUGAUUGAAGAAGUAGUCUCUAUAGCUAGUGAUUCAUCUGAUGAAGACUAAAACUACAGAGGAGAGAGCGGGACUGGAGCAUUCAAGCAAAAGAUGAAUGGAUUUAUCAGACUGCUCCAGGAAAUCCUGAGUCCUGCUGAGAAGGAAUCCUUGGAACUCGAUUCAGUAUUCCAGCUUAAAUCCUUAGUUAAAUCUUAUUACGAAAAGAAAGGCAACUUAGCAGAGAAUCUAACAGAGACUCUUUAUGCUAUGAUGUGUGAGCGACCUCAAAUUCUUGAUGCUAAGAAGCGGAACUUCUUCAAGUCUUACGAAGACCCCACUCAGGGAGCUGAUGUUAAGAAAAUCAGAAAUCUGUAUUUUGAACUGGAGCAAAUGAGACUUAAGGCCGAAAGAGAGAGACUAACUAACUACAAGGAAAUGAUUGAAAAUCUCCUGACUAAUCACCAGUCUCCAGUGAAAAAGGUGUAUUGA